AUGGAAGGAAUUGGUGGAGGGAGUCCUAUGAAGGCAGAGGUUAUGGCCUUACUCAGAGGCAUUAAGCUUGUGUGGGAGCUAAACCUCCGUGUGAUUGUUUGUGAGGUUGAUUGUUUGGAGAUUGUUGAAACCUUGAAGGACAACCGUCAUCAGUUUCAUGAACUUGCUUCUGACUUUCGAGAGCUUGAGGAUCUUCUCCAUCGGGAUUGGAACAUCCAGCUGGAGCACAUCCCUAGGAGUGCUAAUGAAGUUGAUGACUGUCUUGUUGGAAUGGGGAUUGUGCAGCAAUGUGAUUACACGCGACUGGAGGACCUUCCCCCACCGCUUCAUCCCUUCUUAGCUAAGGAUGUGCUAGCUUUGUAG